AUGGCGGUGAGAUUCCAGGUGUUGGACAUGGAGGAGAUGACCAUUUGGGAACAGCACACGGCCACGCUCUGCAAGGACCCCCGGCGAGGCUUCGGCAUUGCAAUCUCUGGUGGCCGAGACCGGCCCAGUGGAUCCGUGGUUGUCUCUGAUGUGGUGCCCGGGGGACCAGCGGAGGGCAGACUGCUGACAGGGGACCACAUCGUCAUGGUGAAUGGGGUCUCCAUGGAGAGUGUCACCUCCACCUUUGCCAUUCAGAUACUCAAGACCUGCACCAAGUUGGCCAACAUUACGGUGAAGCGUCCGCGGAAAAUCCAGCUGCCUGCCGCCAAGGGCAGCCCCUCUGGCCAGGGACAUCAGGACUCCGACGAGGCCGACCACGGCCAGGGCUACGAAGGCGACACAUCCAGUGGCUCCGGCCGCUCCUGGGGCGAGCGCUCACGCCGGCCGAGGGCGGGCCGCCGGAGCCGGGCCGGCAGCCAUGGGCGCAGGAGCCCCCCCGGUGGUAGCUCUGAGGCCAAGGGGCUGGCCCUGGUGUCUGGCUUUAAGCGGCUGCCGCGGCAGGAUGUGCGGAUGAAGCCCGUGAAGUCCGUGCUGGUGCGGAGGCGAGAGAGCGAAGAGUUCGGGGUCACCCUGGGCAGUCAGAUCUUCAUCAAGCACAUCACUGAUUCGGGCCUGGCCGCCAGGAACCGUGGGCUGCAGGAAGGAGACCUCAUCCUACAGAUUAACGGUGUGUCCAGCGAGAAUCUGUCUCUGAGUGACACACGGCGACUGAUCGAGAAGUCAGAAGGGAAGCUGACCCUGCUGGUGCUCAGGGACCGAGGGCAGUUCCUGGUGAACAUCCCACCGGCUGUCAGUGACAGCGACAGUUCCCCCCCUGCAGACAUCUCGGACCUCGGCUCAGAGCUGUCUCAGGCGCCGCCCUCCCACGUCCCACCACCACCCCAGCAUGUGCAACACAGUUUGGACGCCAGCCAAACCAACUCCUCCGAGGAGAGCCCCCUACUUCGGCGGGAAAAUUCGGUGGAUUCCAGAACCGUCUCGGAACCAGGUGAGCAGGUGGCGGAAGGAGACUGCUGUUCCCUUUCAGACUCCCCGAGGCAAAGCAGCUAUGACAUCUACAGGGUGUCCAGCAGCCAGAGCGUGGAGGACCGUGGGUACAGCCCCGACUCCAGGGUGGUCCGCUUCCCCAAGGGCACCACCAUCGGGCUGCGGCUGGCCGGCGGCAACGACGUGGGCAUCUUCGUGUCGGGGGUGCAGGAGGGCAGCCCGGCCGACGGGCAGGGCAUCCAGGAGGGAGAUCAGAUUCUGCAGGUGAAUGACGUGCCAUUCCGGAACCUGACGCGGGAGGAGGCCGUGCAGUUCCUGCUGGGGCUGCCACCGGGCGAGGACGUGGAGCUGGUAACACAGCGGAAGCAGGACAUCUUCCGGAAAAUGGUGCAGUCCCGGGUGGGCGACUCCUUCUACAUCCGCACGCACUUCGAGCUGGAGGCCAGUCCGCCAUCGGGCCUGGGCUUCACCCGCGGAGACGUCUUCCACGUGCUGGACACGCUGUGCCCCGGCCCUGGGCAGAGCCGCGCCCGCGGGGGCCACUGGCUGGCUGUGCGCAUGGGCCGCGACCUCCGGGAGCAGGAGCGGGGCAUCAUCCCCAACCAGAGCAGGGCGGAGCAGCUGGCCAGUCUGGAGGCGGCCCAGCGCGCCGUGGGGGCCGGGCCGGGUGCCUCGGCGGGCUCCAGCGCGCGGGCCGAGUUCUGGCGGCUGCGGGGCCUUCGGCGUGGGGCCAAGAAGACCACCCAUCAGAGCCGCGAGGACCUGUCCGCUCUGACCAGGCAGGGUCACUACCCGCCGUAUGAACGCGUGGUGCUUCGAGAGGCCAGCUUCAAGCGCCCGGUGGUGAUCCUGGGGCCCGUGGCAGACAUUGCGAUGCAGAAGUUGACUGCUGAGAUGCCUGACCAGUUCGAAAUCGCAGGUGAGAACCCAGGUCUUUGUUGGCGGGGGCGGGGGGAGUCAUUUGACAACCCUUUCCCCACCUCUGGGGCCAAAGCAGCUUGA